AUGUCUGUGCCUGAGCCAAACCCCAAAUAUCAAAGACAUGUGGACAAAUUGCAGGCGACCCUCUCCCAUUUUUCCAAGACCAAUGCGGCCAGUGACAUACUCGUAACUUGGCUCCAGAAGAUCAUAGCCUUGUUCCACGAAGACGAUGUUGGACUGGCCAAGCUCACCGAAACCACCAGAAGUAGGCACAAGGCGGCACGGAACCUUCUCCGCAUGGUUCUUCAUGACUUGGGCCAUGAGGUCUUCUUCCUCUGUGGAUUUUCGCUGCCCAUCACCAUGCUGGGAACCACCAAGGACCCUGCCGGAUUCAUUGCCACCAUUCGACAAUGGUGGGGCCAUGUCAAUGUCCCCAUAUCCUUUACUGAACUGUGCUCCGAACUGGUUGAACGCUACAAGGACAUUAUUCCGAGGAGCGAAGGCUUGAUCCCGGCUAUCCCCCAAAAGCGACCGUGGCCGGACCAGGCAUUGGAGGAGGAGCCAACACCCCAAAGCAGGGAAGAACAGACCUCUACCAUCUCAAACCUACAACUCCCUGAUGGAGAGGAGCGGAGAUGUCCCAGCUCGAGCCUGGAACACCUGGGUGGACAGCAGCAGACAUCUCAGACCAACUCAAACCCACAACUUCCCAGAGGGCCGACGGCAGACAGGUCGAACCAGCAACUCAUGGGCGGAGAGGAGCAGAGGCCCGCCACCUCGAACCUGGAACUCACGAUUGGAGAGCAGCAGACUUCUCGGAUCAGCUCGAGCCUACAACUUCCCGGAGAGGAACAGAAUGCACACAGCUCAAACCUACAACUUCCAAGCGAAGAGCAAACGGCCCGCCGCAGUUCAAACCUACAACCUCCAGGGACGCCUCAUAGCCGCUCGAACUUACCACUCCCAGGCAGCGAUGAACAGGCACACCACAGCAGUCCGAACCUGCACCUUCAUAGAGACGCGGAGACCACCCGAGGGGAUGAAACUGAGUGUUUUCCUGCCGAAUUUGCGGCAUGCCCGGCAACAAUCCCGGAAGUCGAGGAGACCGAGGACCCUAAUGAUGUUGAUGAUGCCAAUGGUGUCGAUGAUGACGAGGCCUACAACGCCGAUAACAGUGGUUCUACUGAUGAAGUUAUGGAUGCUGGUUUUUUUGAUGAAGCUAUGAAUUCCAUUGACAGUGAAUAA